UUAUUAGUUUAAUAAAUCCUAGGUCUCAAUCACCUAAAUUUUAAAGUGGGAUCUGAUGACAUUAAAAAUUUGAUUUCUAUAUUAGGUGCAUAUUUCAGUACUCAAACUAGAAGCUUUAUUGUUGUAACUAAUUAUUCAUAUUCAACUUCAGCUACGCAAUUCGUAAUUCUUGGAAUCUUAAGCUAUUUCUCGUUGUAUUUGUCUUAACUUGAGCUAUGUAAUUUUACCUAAUUUUAUCUGCUAUUUUUUAUUCCUUACCAUUCUAUUCUGGGUUCUAAUUGCAGAGACGAAGAGAAAUUGAUUAGAAUGAUAGUGAAAGACAUCUCUGAUGCGCUAAGUGGGUCGCCUUUUCCAGAGGCUGUUAUAGAGAUCCCAAACGAGCCAAUAAUGGAGAACCAGCCAUCAACCCAACGCAAGUUGCAGCAGAUACUUGAUUGCAUAGAUGAUCCUGAUCCACGUUUUGGCAUCAUUGGAGUAUAUGGCAUGGGGGGAGUGGGUAAAACCACCUUGGCUAAAAAAGUAAACAAUCACUUUGAAAAAGACAAGGUCAGAGGAUUGGAGACACCUUUUGAGACUGUGAUAAUGGUCACAGUGUCUGCCACUCCCAAUAUACAAAGCAUACAAAACGAAAUCGGUGAUCGACUCGGAUUAAGAGAUAAUAGGGUUAAUGCUUUGUUCAAAGCACUAAAGAAAAAGAACUUUCUGUUAAUUUUUGAUGAUGUGUGGUGCAAAUUAAAGCUCGAGGAUAUAGGAAUCCCUCACCCUCGAACCCACAAAGGGUGCAAGAUCCUUCUCACCAGCCGGAGUAAAGAUACCUGCACUGAUAUGGGUGCUAGAAAAACAAUACAAAUUCAUCCCUUAUCUGAAGCUGAAUCAUGGAACCUCUUUUGUGAAGUAGCUGGUGAACAUGUUGCUACCGAUGGUAUAAAGUGUUUUGCUGAAAAAGUUGUUGGAAGGUGUAAGGGUCUCCCUCUUGCAAUUGUCACUGUUGCUUCUGCAAUGGCAAACCAAUUUGGUGUCGGGGAGUGGGCAAAUAUGGUAAAGGAAAUGGAGCAAUCAGCCUCAGAGAUCCGAGGUAUGAAGGAAGAAGUAUUUAUUCCUUUAAAAUUCAGUUUUGAUAGAUUGGAGAACGAUAUGCUUAGGAGUCUAUUUCUUUAUUUUUCAUGUUUCCCUGAAGACUAUGACAUAGGGGAAGAUGAAAUGUUAAAUUAUUUGGUUGAAGAGGGAUUAGUAGAUAAUUUAGGUGGUCUGAUAGCUGCAAGGAAUAAAGGUGAGGCUCUGAUAAGAGGCUUGAAAAUUGCCUGUAUGUUGGAACGUGGAAGGUUUGAACGUACUGUGAAGAUGCAUGAUGUGAUAAGAGAGCUUGCACUUUGGAUUACAUCUUCGCCCAAGUUCUUAAUAAGUAGUGGUGAAUCAGUUAAAGAGGCACCACAGGUUCAUGAGUGGGUGAAUACAAGAAGGAUUUCAUUAAUGUAUACCCAAAUAGACAAGUUUCCUGAGUUGGGAGAGAGGUGUCCAAAUCUAACCACUUUGCUAUUGAGGCAGAUUGAGAUCUGCAUUAUUAUUCCCCCAUCAAAUUUCUUGCAACAUAUGGAUCAUCUUAUCGUACUUGAUCUUUCCUACAGUUUAUUGGAAUCUCUACCAGAUUCAUUGUCAUGUUUGGUGCAUCUUCGGGUGCUUAGGUUACAGGAUUGUCGUUGCUUGAGAUCAUUGCCGGCACUGGGAAUGCUCCGACAGCUCCAAGUUUUAGAUUUGAAUUGGUGUAUUGGAUUAGACCAGCAAAUCCUUAGAGCACGAGGAGGAGGAGAAGGAGAACCAUUUGAUCAACGCCCGGAAGGUUUAAGUAAUUUAAGAUACUUGGAUGUGACACAUUCCACAGUUUCUAUUCCAGUGGGGCUAAUAUCUCAUUUGCACAAAUUGGAGGAAUUGAAAAUGCUGGGAGCAAGAAAAAUAAAAUGGAGGGUGAUUAGUAAUGAUGAUGAUGAUGAUGAUCAAGAUCAUGAAAAAUGGGAUGAGAAGGAGGACGAGAGAAAAAGUGGGUUAUCUACUAGUGACGAUAUUCAUGACUACUCCAUCAUUGUUCUUGAUGUGGAAGAGUUGUCCUACUUGACCAAGUUAACAUCUCUUUCUAUUCGGUUCAAAGGUAUCAUUAUUUCUCAUUGGUUCAAAUCUUUGGCAAAACAGAUUAGGGAAUUGGAGCUGAAACGUUGCAAAUUUGUAAAACAAGAAGCUCUACAAGCUCUCAAUUAUGAUUCCCCAAAUCUACGGGACUUGAGAAUCAAGGAUUGUGAGGGUGUGACAUGCAUGCGCACUGCUGCUGCAGUAACUAUAUUAGAAAACUGUAAAGAUUUGGAGGAGGUUUUCGAUGGACCCAGCCAUAGUAAAGAUUUGGAGGAGGUGGUGUUUAAUGGGGAUGAGCUCUACGGCCACUAUGACAUCUUUGGGAGUUUAAAGCUCAGAAGAUUGCCAAAAUUGAAAAGGAUAUGCUUUGGUCAACUAACGAAUAUAUUAAUAGAUCAAUGCAAUAGCUUGAAGAUUGUCUUCACCAAGGAAAUGCUACACUUGUUAAACAAAUUGGAUAGACUUGCAGUUAACAAUUGUGAAAGAGUAGAAGGAAUAAUUGAAGAAGAAGAAGAAGAAGGGCGGAAUAGUUCCCCUAACAUCUCACCCUUCCCAAGACUGAAGACUUUAUAUCUAGGAGACCUACCAACUCUACAUGACUUGUGCAGCAACCACAUCUUGAAUUGCCCCCUUAUAGAGUCAGUGACGGUGCAAAACUGUCCCAGGUUAAAUAAGGAUCCUCUCAACAUUCGAAACCUGGAUGUGUUACUUGUCUUGGACAAGAAGAACUGCCAUGGGGAACGUUGGUGGGUAAAAGGAGAUGAAGUAGUCAUUGAAGAGGAGAUCCAAGCUUAA